GAAUAGGAAAUGUUCUUCUGAUCACCAAAACAGCAUCAAAAAAAGAAAAAUCUGCUGUUCAUGUGCUCUUACACACCCGAUGCAUGUAUGUAACUAGAAAGCUCUGCGGCCGGGGGGCAAAAGGUGUUAUCCAAAACAUAGAUCUAAUCGACGUCGUUUUAUGGUUGAGCCCAAAAACGGCUAUUACCAACGACGUCGUUCCCAUUCUCAGCCUUUUACGCUUAUCUUCGGCUUCCUUUAUUUAUUUUUUCUCUUUCGUAGAUUUUCAUUUCAUGGCGGAGAAGCUUUCAAAUGAGGUUAUUCUUGAGCAGCUGAAACAUGGGACUGCUAAAUUCGAGCUUGUCUCUGUUCCGGUUCCUUCAAUUUCAACUCCCAACUCCCGAACGUGUACGACGGCUUUCCUUGGAGACAAUAGCCAUAGAUUCUUUGCUAGAAUUGGACCCUCUCUGGGCGGAGGAUCACCGGCAAUGAGGAAACUUGAGCGCUAUUCAGUCCAGAAAGUUACUGGAGAUGGGCGCUGUCUUUUUCGUGCCCUGGUCAAAGGAAUGGCUUUCAAUAAGGGUAUUUCUCUAAACCCACGGGAAGAGAGAGAAAAUGCAGAUGACUUACGAAUGGCUGUGAAAGAGGUUGUAUGUGACAAAGAUAAAGAACGCCACCAAUAUGAAGAAGCACUGGUUGCAAUUACAGUUGAGGAAUCUUUAAGACGUUACUGCCAACGCAUUGAACGACCUGAUUUCUGGGGAGGAGAGUCAGAGCUACUGGUGCUGUCAAAGUUGUGUAGGCAGCCGAUCAUUGUUUACAUACCAGAGCACGAGCACACAAAGGGUGGAUGGGGCGCUGGUUUUAUUCCCAUUGCUGAGUAUGGAGCAGAGUUUGGCAAGGGUUUAAGAAAAGAUAAAGCCAGGAAAGCUGUGAGGCUACUGUACAGUGGUAAGAACCACUAUGAUCUGCUUGUCUGAGAAUUCAUUGUGCCUAAGGGAACAAAUGAGUGAUAAUGGGGGGAAAUAAAAAAAAAAAAAAAAAAAAAAAAAAAAAAAAAAAAAAAGGAAAA